CUAUCAAACCUCACUUAACAAGUAGUGGCGACUUCACUUGGCGCGUAGGUGUGAAUUACGCCCUCCCGGCCAGGGAAACCAAAAUUCCAACUUCCGGCUGGCGACACGGCCUGGCGAUUUUCCGUUACUCGCCUGUUUCCGUUCAACUCAGUUUGAAUGUCUAACGGACGGGACCGACAUGGAAGACAGAGUCAAGCGUGUUUUCAAAGACGUCUGGGGGUUUGAGGUCCGUCCCGACCAGCUGAAAGCCGUUUUGGCGGCCUUAGAGGGCAAGGAUGUUUUCGUUGGGAUGGCGACAGGGAAGGGGAAGUCCCUCUGUUUUCAGAGCAUCCCCCUUUGCCUAACAGAACCCAAACUUGUUGUGGUUGUUUCGCCGCUGCGUGCCCUCGUCCGCGAUCAGAUCCACCGUUUCCAGACAGUCACAGGAUAUAAGGGGAUCCACCUGAAAAGCGCGGCGGACAUCAGAAGCUUCAGGGAAAUCCCCGACAAGGACGUUCGUCUGGUUUUCAUGGCUCCUGAGGAACUGACCUCAUCUGAGGGGAGAAGUCUUCUGGACAAGCCUCCACUCCCAAUUGCACUGGUGGCUGUUGACGAGGCUCACUGUAUUCCACAGUGGGGAACAGACUUCAGGACUGCCUUCAAAAACAUUGGAUCGCUGCGGGCUGCACUGCCAGGAAUACCUUUCAUGGCUUUGACAGCUACAGCAACCGCAGCGGUCCAGAAGGCAGUAGAGAAGGCGCUACAUAUGAGCGACAUCAUGGAUCCCAACAAGGUCCCGACCAGAAUCAUGGGGAGCCUGAACAGGGACAACAUCUUCUUGGUCCGGAAGAAGGUCAAGAGCAUGAAGGAGGACCUUGGUCCGCUGAUCAACAUGAUCAGAGAAGCCGAGGGUCCGGCGAACAUAGACAAGCACAUUGUCUAUCUCGGCAGAAAGCAGAAGCUGAUGGACGUGUGGGGCCUGUUGGUGUCUUCAUGCAAGCCCACCACCAAAGGCUCGGUACGGGCCUUCCACGCCGACAUGUCCCCGAAGGCGAAGGAAGACGUGCUCCAGGGGUUCAGGGAGGGCAGGAUUCGAGUCAUUGUCGCUUCCGUUGCAUUUGGCAUGGGCAUCGAUGUCCCCGAUGUGAAGGGUGUCGUAGUGUACGGGAUGCCGUCCACCACUGGCCAGCUCUACCAGGUAAAAUGGCUUUUGAUACUGUAAUUCACCCCAUACACAUAAAAUUUGUUACAAUAAGUUACU